CCAAUAGAACUUUGGGAUUUGUAGUUUUUAUUGCCACACCGACCCAAUCAUUAAACUGCAAUUUCUGACUUGACAGGACUCUAUCUCCCAUAGUACUUCAGCAACUUCCUCUUUUGCAAAGGAUGGCUCGUUUGUGUUUUUGAUUGAAAAAUCGGCAUGUGAGUUGCGGGGAUGGUGCAUGGUUUCCUGAUCCACACCCUGUGCCCAGUCAGCGCUGGUUCUAGCUCGGUGUGCAGGGUUCUGUACACACGUUUCUUUUGCUCCGAGACCCUGGUUCCUCUCCCUGCUGGGCUGGAUGCUGGCGCGGAGCGGCUGCUGCAGAAGGAACAGAUGAUGGUGGUGGCCAGGCAGGUAAAGUCGGCGUGUACUCUAUCCCGUGAAGCAGCAGGGAAACCCCCCCCCGAAUCCUGCCUCCCUCCUUUGGACGAGGUGGUGGCUGUGCAGGAGGCUGACUGCGGGGUGUUCCGGCUAGGGGCGGGGGAACCCUUCCAGGUGGAGAAGACGGUGCUGUGGCUGGGGGUGCUGUCCCUGGGGUUCAGCCUGGUCUGCGAGCCCCAUGAGAACCUCCUGCUGGCAGAGGGAACCCUACGCACCCUCGCCCGGCACUGCCUGGAGCACCUGCACCUCCUGGGUCCCCCUGGCACUGAUGUGCUGCUCAAGGUGGACCGCACAGAAGUGCUGCUCGACAGGCUCCUGCCACACGGACAGCUGCUGUUCGCCAACCACCGCUUCAUCCACAGCCUGGAGAAGGAGAUCGCUGCCUGCAUGGCCAAGUGAGACAGCUCAGAAGCAGGGAGAGAUGCUGUCCUGCUGUAGCUGCUUGUGAAAUGUUUCCUCUGCUCGUUAAUAUCUUGGGCAUGUAUGGCAUUGAGAUACUGUCUGCUUUUGUGCUUGUUGACUGUGAACUGUUGUCUAACCCAUAAGUCACUGUGAUGCCUAAAGCCAAUACAGUUAAUAAGAGGAUUAUUCCUCAGUCAUGAUGACUAAUGAAGUUGGGCAUUGCUUGUGAAGAAAUUGUACUGCUUACAACCCAAUGUGACGGUGGAAUCAUCUUUCAUCUUUCAUCUGUGUAUUUGAGUGUUGCAGUUAACCCUGGCACUUUUACAGCAUUCUUCCUUUGUGCUUUUUUGUGAAUAUGUUUCUGAGGUCAGAAGUGACUUGAGUGAUUUCAAAAUCCCAGGUGCCUGAUGCCCAAUCUAGCGUUUCUGUUUACUGGGGUGACAGUCAUGUAAGGAGGGUCUAAGCAAGGCUAAAACCCAUUACGUGAUCGGGCCUUUUAUUAGAUUAAAAAUGAGUUUCUUCGCAUCUGUUUUUUUAAAAAGCAUACCAGAAUCUUUAUAUCUCUAAACCAAGUAUAACCCUCCCAAGAAUUAUUUACUGCAAGAAAGGUAACAUUGCUUUUCUAGUGCUAAUAAGAAGUAAGAAAAUAGAUUUCAAUAAAGCUUUGAUUAGCACUCAUUUUAAGUACAUUCCCUGGCAGGGCUGCGAUAGAAUUUUUUUUUCAAUAUUGUGAAAAAUUGAUAUUUUAUUAGUCAGUCAUCUCAAUAUGCCCCCGGGUCCUGAUGGACUGUAUAACUUAUAAUAAAGAAUGAUAAAGUAUAUCAUCACAAUUGUUAGUGGUUAUUUGGAUAUAGGUAAAAGUGUGCAUUUAAAAUCUUGGUUAGCACUUCAUUAUCAAAAAAUGUAUUUCAUUUAAAGUAUUAGUUCAUGAAGAAAUGUAUUGGCACCCGUGCUUAAGUAUUUUGUGUGUCCUCCUUUUGCUUUUAUUACAGCUUUCAGAUAUUUAUGAUAAUUCUUAACCAGGAUGUUACAUCUUGUUGAUGAAAUCUGGGUCCAUUCUGUCUUGUAUAUUUCCUUCAGCACAGACAGAUUGGAUACACAAUGUUUGGCUAGAGCUUUUUUCAGAUCAGUUUAAAGCAUUUCUAUUGGGUUGAGAUCUGGUGAUUGUGAAGGACAUUCCAGAACUUUUACUGUAUAUCCGUAACACAGUGUGGAGCUGUCAGCAGUCAGUGCUGCUCCCUCCCUGUCCUUUUAUAUCAUAUAUAUGGUUUGGCAGUAGGAAAGACUCCCCUGGUGUAAAUUAUGUAAUUUUGUCUUGUGAGUAAAACAGUUUUUUAAAAAAAACAAACCCUUUCAGUCCUUGUCUUAGUGCUGUUUAUGUACUGACAGGACUUUAAAGUCCCAUUUACCCAAAAAUAUGUAAAAAGAAAAAAAAAUUUUUGUCCGGUUCUCAUGUAUACUCAAUAAAGGACUUCCAUUUUUAA